AAGCACUCCAUCAUCAUCACUCACUCUGCUUGUUCUUUUGGCAGCUUUUUUUGUGAGGCAAGAAAUUCUUAGGGUUUGGUAGUACUAUUCUCUGCAAAAUAGCUGUCAGUUGUCCAUUAUGGGGUUGGUUCGGCACAUGCAGAAGUGUAUAAAAGAGGAAGGUGCAGAUUGAUUUUUGGCAGUGACAAGUUCAACUUAGUACCUUUCGGUAUGGAGAUCUCGAGCUUCGUCGGAGCUCUGCUUACGUUGUUACUAGCUGCGGGGUCGCUGAGUUUCCCGAGCGUGACCGAGGGGUUCCAUGUCGCCGAGGUGAGAGAGGGAGAAACGGAAGUCAACGCAACUUCCAUCCACGAGACUCCGCGUGGAAGUCGUGGUGCUUUCGUUGACAAUGUGGAGGCAAAGGACAAGAGUUCGGCUUGGCAGGAUGCAGUGGCAACCGUGUCUAAUGGUGGGGGCGGUGGAGGAGGAGGAGGAGGAGGAGGAGGUGGCGGUGGUGGCAGUGGACGGGGUGGUCCAGGAGGUGCCAAGAAACGAAGCACGAUGCACAAAAGGAAAAUGAGAAGAGGCGGCAGUGGUGGAACCGGAGGUGGUUCAGGCACAGGUGGCGGUGGAGGCGGCGGUGGCGGCGGCGGCGGCGGAGGAAGUGGUAAAGGAUCUGGAUGGGGCAAAGGCAGCGGUGGGGGAGGUGGAGGAGGAGGGGGAGGUGGUGGGAGUGGAGGAGGGGGAGGGGGAGGCGGUGGCGGUGGCGGUGGCGGUGGCGGUGGCGGCGGCAGUGGCGGGGGAGGUGGAGGAGGCGGACAAGGAGGAGGAUGGGGUUGGGGUGGCGGAGGAGGCAGCGGCGGGAAGGGCGGCGGCUGCUGGAUGAGGCCGGGCUGCGGAGGGCAUGGAUAACCUGGUGAAGGAAGAGCAAGAACUACAAGCGUGAGGGACCGUGGCCAUUGAGAGAAGGCAAAAUGGACACAAACGUUUGAGAUUUAUUUGAUCUCGUUUAGCUUCUUACGGUUAAUACAUAAAUAACAUUGCAUCUUAAAGCAACUUUCUUAUUAUGAUAACCAAGUUUGGGUUUUCCUU